AAACAAGAAGCUUGAAAUGCCUUAGAAGAACAGGCGGGCGCAGAUCCUCACAGGAUGGAUAGAAAACGCUGAAGUGGGGUCUGGCUACGGCGGGGCAUAGUUUCAGAGAACAAAAGAGAGCUACAGGAAGGAGCUGGUAGGGCAGAGGGGGAAAUCCAGACUGCGGCUGUGGGGAGGACAGAGCGCAAAGGCACCCACGUCUAGGGCCCGCUCCGUCAGGGCCCGGGGAGGUCACAGGAAAUCCUUUUGUAUUAUUGCUCAUUUGCAUUUGUUCAUCAAGGUCUUUUGAGUCCUGAAGGGCAGAAAUUCUCUCUAAACAGAAAGAUGGAAACUAAAGCCCAUUUAUUCUUCCAGAACCGUCUUGCCAUCAAGAAAUGCUGCAUACAAGAACUACAUCAAAUUUUCUAAAACAACAGAGAAGAAAAAUUUACCUGAAAUUAAGGAUUUGAGCCCAGAACAUAUGACAAAGUAUGAAGCAUCAGUAUUCAUAUGUAGAGAAGAAAAAUCCGAUUUUUCAGGAGAAAAAAAAGUUAGAAAGAAAAGUUUGCAAGUUAAUCUGCAUAGUAAAAGAACAGAGGUUACCUUUCCCACUUUGAGGCUGCCAAAGGAGAUGACUAGGAAAGAAAACAUUUUAGGCAACUUGCCAAACCAGUACAACAUUCGCAAGACUUCAUUACCUCUUCGUACACCUUCUUCAGUUAUUCGGAGAAAGGAAAUGCUUUCUAACCUCUACCUCACAUUAUAUGAAGAACUACCCCAAGGAUGUUUAUAUUCACAAGAAUUAAGUGCACUUCAUAAAGCCUGUAAAAUUUUUAGUAAAAUUCGAAGUGGUAAGAUUUACGUGAAUGAUCUGCCAAAGGUCCUUCCUAUCUUGAAGAUUUUGAUAAGUGAUUCAGAAAUUCUACAGGCACUAAAGAUUAUUGAUAUUGAUGUUAAUGAAAUGCUGGAUUUUUCACAUUUCCUUAAGGCUGUGAAUGAUUGUUCUUAUUUGGUCUCCCAGGAUCCAGUAUUCCAGGAUAAUUUGAAGAUUUUUCGUAGGAUGAAAGGUGGCCGAGUUGCUGUUGAUGAACUGAUUCCUCUUUUGGUUAGCAUGAACAUCUCCAUAACUCCUGAAACAGUUCAGGAAGUGAUAAAAUAUACCUAUAUUGACAGUAACCACAUGGUGGAUAUUGGAGAUUUUGUAUUUACUUUGGAUGCAUUUCAGAGCCAGUAUGAAGAUAUUUAUUCAGAUUUGGAUGAAACUACUUCAAACAGAAAUUUAUCAAGUGUAGCAGGAUAUUCUCUGCAAAAUAAGAAGAAAUUCAGUUUACCUUCCAGACUGACUGAAUCAUCAGUAUCCAAAAAGUUGAUUAAGAAAAUAAAUCAUAGAAAAAUUAUGGAAGAAAAUGAUUCUAAAAUUCAGCAGUCAAAAAAUUUUGUGCAAAUAAAAUUUCCUGGUGAACCAUACUCAAAAAAUGGCAUGAAUUUUAAAAAACAUUCAGAGAAAGCUGAGAGUCAUGACUCAAAGUCUAAACUAUGAAACUUGAAGAGUAUUACAAGCCUCAAUUAGUCUCUGGAUAAAAAUGAUAUUUCUAAUAUUCCAAAACUUCAGAAGCCCAUUACAAGAAAGCAUUCCUCUCUCCUAAAUCAUGUUUCAACUAAGGAAAAUACUGCAGUUAAUACCCUGGAAAAUGUUCAUGAAGCUAUCAGUAAGCUCCAAGAAAAUUACAUUGCUCCAGAAGAACUCCAGAACAUUUUGCCUUCAUUAGGAGUUAUUUUAUUAGAUAAAGACUUACAGAAGAUUAUGACAGAGACUACUAGAAAUGGAGGUGACAAAGUACAAUUUGAAGAAUUUGCAAAAGCUGUGAAGAAUAUGUGCAAUACCUCCAGGUUAGGAGCUGAAGGAAAAAUCAAAAUAAAUCAAUUGAUGAAAGAAUUGACUACUGUUUUAGUUGAUGGGAAAAUUGAUCUGAAAACUGUGAUAUUGAGAAUGAAAGAUUUUACAGCUUCUGGGAUGAUUAAUCUGCAUAAACUGAUAAAAGAAAUAAAGAAAUAUACAGGAGGAGAAAUUGAAGCCAAAGACAUACAAAAAGUACUGAGAAACACGGGGAUAGAGCUCACAAAUAGGGAACUUUGGGAGCUGCUGAAAAUGUUGCCAAUCUCUGGGAAAAAAGUCUAUGUUAAUGAGCUGGAAACACUUAUGGAAAACUUGGAACUUGAACUUGGAAAAGAGGAGUAUGAGGACCUACUAAACAACCUGAUAGUUGAUGAGAAUGAAAUGGUGGUUCAUUUGCAUGAGCUGAUGGAUGAAGCAAACACUUUCACAGGAGAGAAGGUUGAUGUUGGUAAUCUGGACAAUGUACUAAAGAAAAUGGGGCUAGUACUCACUGAGGAGCAACAGAAGAAGCUGCUGGAUGCCCUCUCUGUUUACACUGAUGGAAAGGUAUAUAAGAAUAGAUUGCUAAAAAGUGUGAAGGCCCUUGAUGGGCCCAGGGUCAAAAUCAAAAAAGUGGAAUCUCUUUUGGAAAAUGUGGGAAUUAAAAUUAAAGAUGAAGAACUUGAGGAACUAAUGACCCAACUAUCAACUGAUGGAAAAGGAAAGUUUACUGUGGACUCAAUAAUGGGGGGCCUGAAGAAGAUUACACACCCAAUCACUGGCCACAUGGCAGUUUCAGAAAUUAAAUCAAAACUUAAACUGAAUCCCCUAAAAGUACCUGUCUUCCACAGCAAGAGGGAUAAAGAUUUACCAAGAUCUCUUCAAUGCCAAUUACAACACAAAGAAAAGUUGAGCCCUUCACAAAUGGAAGCCUUCCAAGAUGCCUAUAACUUCUUCAACAAGGAUAAAACUGGCUGUAUUGAUUUAAAUGGACUGAUGAGCACUUUAGCUAAAUUAGGAAUGAAUUUAACCAAGCAUGAUGUCUAUAAUGAAUUAAAAUGUGCUGAUCUUGAUCGAGAUGGGAAGGUGAACUUCUCAGACUUCUUAAGGGUGCUGACGGAUAAGAACCGCUUCCUCAAGGCCGUGGUUCCAGAAAAGGAAACUUGUUUAGAUUUAACUGGCAACUCUGGGAUCCUAUUAUUUGAAAUCCUAUCAAAGCUUGUAGAGAUAUCAGCCCUACCCAGAAAAACUAUAAUGAAGAUAGUAAGCUACUUCCACAGAAAAUUCCAGGGUAUCAGUGCAGAAGUGCUGUGGAAUCCAAAAGCUAUGGGCUAUGGAAAAAGAAGAUUUAAACCAGAUAUGUGCUUGACUCCAAGCUCAAGCACGGCUGCCUUUGCUAACGCUGCCCGAAUUGCAAUUACAAGUGAAAAGGAUUUGUUUAAAUUUCUUGAAGAGCUCAAAAGGUAUAAUGACCCUUCAGACAGCCCAUACUCAAAAAUACCCAUCUUUCCGUUGUUUCCUAACGUGGAUGGGAUGGUGAUGGGAAAACCUUUCAAAGACAUACAGAAAUUAGAAAUGCUAAGGAGAAAAGAGCCUCUGGAUUUCUUUGAGGACUACUUUUUCCAUAAAAGAGACUGGAAAGCACAGGCGGCAAAUACAAAGCCUAUCAACCCUCCCUUGAGCUAUUCAGAUGACAUCCUCAUCCUUGACCAAAUACUCAAGAAAAAGCAGGCUUGGACGGUGGCCGAUGCAGCUGCUAUUAAACAGCACGUAAAGAAAGCUACAGAUGCCUAUCAUUUAGGAACUGCCCUUGAACAUCAAAAAGGAAUGCUUACUCUCUGGCAGAAGAUCCGAGGGGAUUUGAUCGGAAUAGACACUAAAAACGAGUCCUUUUAUGACACUUUUUCUACUUACACAUGGUCCUGGAAUGUUUGCCAAGAAUUACUUUCUCCUAAGGACUUAAGGUUGUACGAUGCCUAUGUGAACAGAAAUUCCUACCCCCACUCCGGAUGCUCUUCCUCAUCAGAUAUCAGUGAAUGCGACUCAGAGACAGAAAGAAACAGAAAACGAAAAAGUUUCAAAGGGUUUCGACAAUGAGAUUUCUGCAUCUUUCUAAACAGCCCAUCAAAAGCUACUUUUUCACAAUUAUCAUAAUUAUGGUUUCUUGCUUUUCUCUAAUACAUUCUUAGCAGCUGGAAAUUUUGACAUC